GUCAUCGGACCGCUCCAGUGGCGCCUGCUGCUCCGCUUGUUAGUGAGGACCAUGGCACAGCCGCUGAGCUGUAAAUGGUGAAAAGACUUCACCCUCAAAAGCGACAGAGGGCGGAAUAAGUAGCACUUGACACUCGAGGAACAAACAAGUCCAGUCCGAAGCAGGAAAUGAGUGGGGUCCAAGUCUGAAAGAAGAGCAAAUUACAACUACGCCAACGGCAGAGUUGUGGCAGAGGAAACCUGCAGAGCCUGUCUGAACUUGCCAUCAACAACAAGUUUAGUGGAGACACUCACCCUGUACUCUUCAAUGGCUCUGUUGACCCUGCAUAGGCUCCCAUCCAUCUCCGGCGCACCAGAUGAAAGCCUCGAAAGAAGAGGGAGACUUCAGAAAAGGGAGAGCUUUGCCCUUGUGAAGGGGGCGGUCCUUCUGCUGGGAGAUGGCGAGAGGGGGAGCCUGGAUGAAGAGACUUUUGCCUCUCCGCCUUCUCCUGUUAAGGAAGGGGGUGGAGCUCAGGACACGAGGCGCAAACACCUCCAAGCCAUGGUUGAACAGCUUCGACCAGAGGAUACCGUUAAGCUGGCGGUGCAGUUGGAGUCCGUCAGCUCCGUCAGAGUCAGGUAUCUGAUCAUUGUCUCCACCCUUGGCAACAAACAAGAGAGCAUACUGCUAGGCAUGGACUUCCCUAACCCAGACAGCGAUCGGUGCACCAUUGGCCUGGUUCUGCCAAUAUGGAGCGACACACAGGUGUAUCUGGAUGGAGACGGUGGUUUCAGUGUGACAACAGCUGAAGAGAUCCGCAUUUUUAAGCCUGUUUCCAUGCAGACCAUGUGGACAGUGCUGCAGGCUUUGCACGGGUGUUGCGAGCGGGCGGUCAACAAAGCGUUGAUCCCAGGCAAUGGCCUGGAGUGGGCCCAGCACUACCAGCAGCACACCGAGUCAGACCGCUUGUGCCUCAACGAGUGGGAGGUCUUGAACGACUUGGAGUCGGUCCGCAGGGACAGUAAUGGAGAGGGUUCGGCCGAUAGAAUUUCCAAUGAGGGACUGAUCAAAGAGCACCUGCGAGACAUCAUGAGGACUGAAGACCUCGACAACCUCACCUCUAAAAUGGUGCACUCUACGCUAGAGACCCGGAUAGGCUUUGACAUGAGACCCUUUAAGGAGUACAUCGACAAUGAGAUCCUGGUUACCAUGGCGCAGAUGGACAAACCCUCCAGAAUAUUUGACUACCUUUACUUGGGCUCUGAAUGGAAUGCAGCUAACAUCGAGGAGCUGCAGAAGAACAAUGUGGGCUACAUCCUCAAUGUGACGAGGGAGAUUGACAACUUUUUCCCAGAGUCCUUCACUUAUAUGAACAUCAGAGUCUACGAUGUGGAGGCCAGCAACCUGCUCCCUCACUGGACAGACACAUACAACUUCAUCAACACUGCCAGGCAGCGUGGACAGGCCGUGUUGGUGCACUGUAAGAUGGGCGUCUCUCGCUCAGCUUCCACAGUCAUUGCCUACGCCAUGAAGCACUAUCACUGGCCACUGGAUAUGGCGUUGACCUACGUGAGGGAUUGCCGUUCCAUUGUCAAGCCCAAUGACGGCUUCAUGAAACAGCUGCAGACCUACAACGGCAUUCUGAAUGCGAGCCAGCAGCGUCACAACGCCCUCUGGAGGCGAAAGUCGAGAGAACAAAGGCAAAAAUCAAUGCGCAAGGAGGAGAGAGUGGGGGAAGGAAAGCCAGAGGAUGAGGAGGAUGAGGAGGAUGAGGAGGAUGAUGAUGGGGAGGAUGGGGAAGAUGACUGUGAGCUGUCUGAUGAGGAAGAGCUGGAGAGUCUAGAUGAAACAGAGGAUCCACAGCAGGACUUGCAGGUGUUUGAAGAGCCAACCCCCCAAUCGGACACGAGCCAGACAGAAUCACCGGUCAUCACAGUAAAUGAACCAAACUUGGUCGCUCCGAGCGUAAAUCGCAGCGGCAGGAUGAACCUCUUCUCCCUCAUGCAGUCCAUCAGCGAUGAGGAUAAAGGGCGUGAACAGCUGCUCGGCAGUCCGAGGCGGUCUCCAGCGCAGCGGAUGUUUAGCCAAGGGAGACGGAGUCUGAUCCACCAGAGUGCGUGUGUGGAUCUUUCCCCUGAACCACGCAGCCUGCCAGAAGCCAGUGAAAGCAAACCCUGAAGGAAUCAAAGACAUGGAAGGCUGGGGAGUUACAGGGGCCCAUUACGGUGCAAGUGGAUGGAAAAAUCCUCUUUUUUUGGGGGGGGGGGGUUUAUGUUUGAGGUUUUUUGGAUGAUAAAGGUUUUAAUUUAUGUUUCUUUUCGUAUCUCUUCAUAAUAUUAUAGAUAUUAUUUUUAGAACACAUCCUACCACGUGCAGACCUACUGGUUUCUACCUUUUCUCCUCUCCCCUCCUUCAGCUCACACGCCGACACUCCUGAGAUGAUUUCUAUGCAAUUACUGUUCUUUUUAUUUUCCUCAGUAAAUAGGAGGCUGUAUGCUGCCAGUACAAGGUAGAUGGUUUUAAAUUUGUUUUCAUAUUCUCUUAUGUUAAUUAUUCACAAAUGGAAGUAUUUCCUUUCUUCUAAGCUGUGCACAAUGCACCAAGUUUGCCAAACAGUGUGUUAAAUGUGCCAAUCAUAUUAUUAAAUUAAAAAUCUUUAUCUUGUCAGUGCGUUAAGAACCAAUGUCACCUGUUUUAUUUUUAUUCAUUCUAUUCAAAUACCGGGGCUGUAUGAGUGCCUUGAACCUGAGAAUAACAUGUGAAAUAUGAAUGGCUGGUGUUUUUGAUGUUUUUGCUAUGGAGGUGAUGGCUGAAUAUUGUAUGAGUCGUGUGCGGUUUCGCUGAUAUCAGUGUAAUUGUAACUGCCCAAAGUAUUUGCAUGUAUACACAGAUGUAUCAUCCAAUAAUUGCUGGCUGCAUGUUAUGUAUUUAUACAUGUUAGAGAAUAUUCAGGGUUUUCUUGUGUAUUCCAAUUGACAUUUAAUGGACUGAGGUUAGUUAUUAAAGAUACUGUUUUCAGGCUUA